AUGCGACGGGCGAGCUGGAUGUCCUUGGGCAUGAUCGUGACCCGCUUGGCGUGAAUAGCGCAGAGAUUGGUGUCUUCGAAGAGCCCUACGAGGUAGGCUUCGGCCGCCUCCUGGAGCGCAAGAACGGCGUGGCUCUGGAACCUCAGAUCGGUCUUGAAGUCCUGCGCGAUUUCCCUCACAAGCCUCUGGAACGGCAGCUUCCUAAUCAGGAGUUCUGUGCUCUUCUGGUACUUGCGAAUUUCCCUGCCACAAUCAGAGAACAAAUGGCAUCAGCAUUUACCCUAUAUCCAUUCUGAGUUUCAGGAGCGCACGAUGAAGAUGCUACCGGAGGGCGACGGUCCCAGGACGGUAGCGGUGAGGCUUCUUCACUCCGCCGGUUGUCGGGGCAGACUUCCUCGCAGCCUGCAACCAUUCAGGCGAAGAGAUCAUGACGAGGAAACGCAGGGGAAAUAAAUCCAGAUCCUAACCCUAGAACCCCAACAAACUGUAGGGGAUUAAAGCGGUACUGCGGGUAGCGAAGCUUACCUUCGUGGCGAGCUGCUUCCUGGGGGCCUUGCCGCCCGUGGACUUGCGAGCGGUCUGCUUCGUACGAGCCAUGCCGAGAAGGUUGCAGGAGGAGGUAGGAGAGGUAUCAGAUCUCGGCGAUGAAGACGAAGGAAUGAAAAAAGUAAACGGCUACAGCAGGGCGACGGGUGGAGGUCGCAGAAAGAGAUGCCAAGGGGCAUUUACUUUGAAUUAG